AGUAUCAAAGUCGAUCCUUACCACAUGAACUAUCUGUGAGAAGGCUCACACUACAAAUGUGACCACAUAUUUUUCAUUCUCUCUCUCGUGGCAUCUCCAACUUUCAAGGUUUAAUUCAAGAAACAUGGACGAUGCCUUACUUACCUCAGCCUUCAUCCGCACACUGCUGAGCCACUCCAUCCCAUCACACCCAAUUUCGGAAGCAAUCCACACGCCAAACGACACGUCGUUUACGCCAACCCUUCAAUCCCACAUCCGAAACCUCCGUUUCAAUACUUCUACGACAGCAAAGCCUCUGCUUAUCGUCGUUCCAACCCAUGUCUCCCACAUCCAAGCCGCCGUCAUCUCUGCUCAGAUGCACAACCUGCAGAUGAAGAUUCGAAGCGGUGGCCACGACUAUGAAGGCGUUUCUUACGUGUCUUCCGAAACGCGUUUCUUCCUCCUAGACAUGCAGAAGCUGUGCUCCAUAGAUUUGGAUAUGGCAACCGAAACGGCUUGGGUUCAAACUGGAGCUACGCUAGGCGAACUUUACUACAAGAUAGCCCAAAGCAGCAAAAAUCAUGGCUUCCCUGCCGGAGUAUGUCCUUCUGUCGGUGUCGGUGGGCACCUCAGCGGCGGUGGCUACGGAAACAUGAUGCGAAAGUACGGCCUCACCGUUGACCACAUCGUUGACGCUCAGUUAGUCAACGUGCACGGUCAAGUUCUCGAUAGAAUAUCAAUGGGGGAGGACUUGUUUUGGGCCAUUAGAGGCGGAGGAGGAGCGAGCUUCGGCGUCGUUUUGUCCUACAAGGUCAACCUUGUUCGUAUCCCCGAAACAGUGACCGUUUUCAGAGUGCAGAUUACUGAAGAGCAGAACGCGAACGACGUCGUUUUCCGUUGGCAGGAGGUCGCAACUAAGCUAGACGAGGAUCUUUUCAUUAGAAUGAUCUUAGACGUGGUCAAAUCAAGUCAAACUGGGGAAAAGACUCUCCGAGCUUCGUUCGUUGCUCUUUUUCUGGGAGACUCGGACAGACUUGUCUCUAUUAUGAGAAAGAGUUUUCCAGAACUGGGUCUGAGAGAGUCAGACUGUAUCGAAACAAAUUGGGUCCAAUCCAUUUUCUUCUUUUCCGAUAUUCCAAUGGGGAGUCCCGAAGAGUACUUGCUCCGUCGAAAGCCCGGGAAGCUAGUACACUUAAAACGAAAAUCGUAUUAUUUGAAGAAGCCGAUUUCGAAAGAGGGUCUAAACGAGAUCUUCAAGAAAAUGGUGGAGUUAGAAUUUCCAGCUCUGUUGUUUAAUCCUUACGGUGGUAGAAUGGCUCAGAUUCCGCCCAAUGCGACACCGUUUCCGCAUCGACGGAACUUGGCGAAGAUUCAGUAUGUGCUGAAUUGGGAUGAGCCGGGAACAGAGGCGGCAACUUACUACAUUGGUUUGAUGAGAAAGUUGUACGAGCACAUGACUCCGUACGUGUCGAACAACCCGAGAGAGUCCUAUCUGAAUUACAGAGAUCUUGAUUUGGGAAUCAACGAUCAUGAUUGGAAGACGAAUUAUCAGACGGCCUGUGAUCUUGGGGUUAGGUAUUUCAAGGAGAAUUUUCCGAGAUUGGUGGCGAUAAAGAGAAGGGUAGAUCCAGGAAAUGUUUUCAGGAAUGAACAGAGUAUUCCCGUGAUUCCAUUGGAGAAGCUUGGUUCGGUUAAUAUCCUUCAGUCUCAUAUUUGAAUUUGUUGUUAAAUCGACUAUGGGAAUUAGAGUUAUUCGUAAUGGGAAUUGAGUGAGUAUUAUUUUUGAAUUAUUACUUGGUGAGUAUACGUGGUCGUAGUGUGGUCUAAAAUAAAGUUCAGAAGCUGAUCGUGAUUGAACAAGUAGUAUCGUGUGUGAAUCAAUGCUAUCAUAUUAUCAGUGAUUUUAAAGUAGUAGGAAUAUACCAUUUUGGUCCGAAUCUAAA